CGUGUUUUUGUGAAACCGCAAACGACAGUUGGCGAUGUUUGACUGUAGAACUACAAAGAUGGCGGACAACACGAUCAGCUGCUGUUAGAACAGAUCGGAGGAUUUGGGCGGUUGUGGGUGGGUAAGUGAAAGUUAGGAGGAGAAUGGGUGCUUGGCAUUGGCAGGUUAAUUCUCUUGUGUUCUCCAGUGGAGCUGCCAGAUGGCUUUGGGCUCACGUUUGCUUGACGUUUGCGUCACGAUGGCGUGCGUGCUCGGCACGGCGCGCUGCUCCGACGGCGAUUUUCUUUUUUUCUUCUUUUUCUUUGUUUUACCUCGACUUGUCAUCCGAGGUGGUUGGGAAAAAGUAACAAGUUUAGUAAGUAAGGAGGUGAACGUACAGCUGUCCCCCUCCGCCCCACAAAAAGACCAAAGCGAGUGUCCCUGCUCGGGAAUCCCGCCGUGGCCUCUGACUGAACCUCCACCGGAAGACUGCCACCAGCUCAACAGGACUUUCCGCUACACCUGCCUCAAAGGCUACCUGAGGACGGCGGGCACGUCCAAUCUCAUCAAAUGCAAACCCGGCAGUUCCCGAUGGUCCAAUCCCACCCUCAUAUGCAAACUGGACCCCAGAGGAGUCGCCCCUCACGCACCCAACAGCACAGACGCAGUUGAGCAUACGAUGGAGCUUGAGAGCGACUCCCCAAAGAUAGGUGUGCCGAGCUUGCAGCAGCAUGAUGAAACAAGACUUGAAACUGAAAAUCCUGCCAAAGGUGCAUCAACAAAGACCUGGCACGCCCACAAUCGCAGUCGUCAGCAGCGUCUUGGUCGCCAUCGUGGCUCUCAUCGGAAUUGGCCUCAUCCUUCACAAAAUGAGGAGAAGAGCGGAAACCGUCAAUCCAACGCAGACAGCAGCAGAGGGAAUACCUCUGAAUGAAGCCACGUCGUAGUAUUGGGAAGCAGGUAGUACAAAAUCGUGCAAAAGAACGGAGCGGCUGAGGUUGUCUGGUCUCAUUGUUUGUGGAUAGGAGUCAAGCUGAAAAGCCUCACAGCUUGGCUGACUUGCGCUCUGAAGAAAGACGCCAUUAAGACUUUUCCCAGCUGCUUAUCUUUCCAGGAAUAUAUUUCCUCACGCUUCUCGCACUCCUCGUGUUCAACGCCCGCAGCGCAUCAGGGUGACUUGCGUUCCCCGAGAGCGGUGAGCAGCCGGUCAUGUCACGAGUAAAAUGAUAUGAGUGUUGCGUCUCUAAACAUUUACCAAAAGUUGUCCAAGGUGAUGUAACUCAGGACAAAUAGCAUUAUAACAUUGUACUUUAUAAAAACACAGAAAUAGAGUGUAAAGAAUUCAACAAGUUUUUGUCACACUUCAAUGGUCACGUCUGGUGUGCGAGCCUUGGCCACCCGGGGAAGUAUAACACAGACAUACAGCUGUGGACGGAGACAGAGCAGCAGUAAUAUUAUUAGUCAUUUUUCGCAGAUGAUAAAGAAUAUAUAUUAGAUUAUCUGUCUACAUGGGAUGUGCCACUGUUAAAAUAUCAGUUGCUUAAAGGGUUAUAACAAACCCACUGUUCUGCUGUUGGUUAGCGCUCUAUGGCCUUUACCAUUAUGUGUUAGCAUUACCAUUAAACUAGUUGACUUCAAUAAUAAGCUAUGUGGUUUGGUGAAAAACACAAUGUAAAAUUCCCUUUGUUUGAUGUUUAGUUUGACAGUAAAGUUCAUUUGGGACUUACCUAUAGCCUAUAUUUUUACCUAUAUUUUAC